AGAAAGUCGCCAAAUCCAAGUAGGACGUUCGCGCCAUGCGCCGACGGGCCGACGGCGAUGGGCGAUGAGGUGAUCAACUUGGAGGACGCGGAGGGCGAGCUUGACGAGCUCGACGCCAACUCCACGGGGGACCAGCCCGAGCUUGACGCCGAUGAGGACGACGAUGGCUUGCCAUACCCAUGGGUUCGCUUGGUGGAUGAAGACGGGCCCUACUACUACAACGAGGAGACGGGGGAGGCUCACUGUGAGCUACCUUUUCCGGAGGAUGACGUGGAGAUGCUGGAACCCUUGGAGUUCGAAUGGGAGAAGGAUCUCGAGCAGCCCUAUGGGUGCCAGCCCCAGCUUCGGUUUCGCGAGGUGGUGGCGGGCCCUGAAGCGUCCCAGGUCCGGGUGACUCUGGCGACGGAUGAGUGGAAGGCGGCGAUGGUCGGAACCCAGGUGACGCUGUCCUUUACGGAGGCCGUGCUCUUCCGCAUCAAGGAGGCGGAGCAGCUUUGGAGCGAGGGCGAAGGACACGCGAUCUCCUUCGUUCUGGAAGCAGUCGAUCCAGGGUGGCGACUGGAGGCCGCAGAGUAUGAGGGUACUCUCAGGGUACUCUUAGCGGCUUCGGACUUGGAGGAGGCGGUAUUCAGCGCCAUCCAUGCGCUGGAGGCUGGCCGGGAGGUGUCCGCCUGGGAGUCGGUGGAUAUCCUGAGCCACAUCCAGGACAACUUUCCGCAGAUCUUCGCGGAGAUGCUGGAGGAUGACAUGCAGCUGCUGCUGGCCGGGUCCGCCUUGUUCCAGGUCAUCGAGGACGGCACGCAGCGUGUCCUGCCCAGGUGCCGGGCCUCGCCUCUGGAGGAGUCGGUGCAGCGCUUGUUCCACAUCCACAGGUCUAGGUACCCAGGCGAGGCCACUGAAAGCUGGGGCUUUGUCCUGGGCGAGCUGGCGAAGGUACUUGGGUACAGAGACCCGGAGCUCGACAGGGCGCUGCUGCAGCCGUCGCCGCUGCUCCGCUUUGCCUUCUCAGAGGCAGAGUCCGAUGAGGUGGUCACGCUGCGGCAGAAGCUGCCGAAGCGGGACGCAGGAAAAGAGGAUCUGAAGCCCAAGCCGAAUGGCGAUCGCGACAAACGGCAUGGUGAGAACGGCGAGAAUGGCGAGAGGCAGACCAGAAGGCGGAGGUCACCCAGGCUCGAAGGUACGCCAGGUACGCCAGCCCAGGCGGAGCGGGAUCGCCGGCCCCGCCGACUCCCAGACACCUCGAGCUUGCGAGGCAAGCGGAGCUCCAGGGAAAGGAGGAGCCCGAAAGCAUCGGGCUGCGCGUUUGGCUCGCGCGCGGUCUGAGCUCCGGGUCGGACUUUCGUCACUUGGGUUGGACCCAUUUUGGCGGUACAUCAAAGUCUAGACUUUAUUUCGGU